AUGGUCUGGUUCAAGGAGGAGAUUCCUAGAUGCUCCUUCAUUACUUGGAUGGCUAUGCUAUCAAGGUUACCAACAAGAGACAGGCUUGCUUCUUGGGGUCUUGCUGUUCCCUUGCAGUGUGUUCUAUGCUCUACGGAGUUUGAAUCUCAUCCGCACCUUUUCUUCGGAUGUCCUUAUGUUGGUGCGGUCUGGUCACGUUUCUGUGGUCAUGUCAUUGCCUCACCACCACUGUCGUUUCAGGAAGCUGCUGUUAUUCUUUCUAAUCACCAGGUGGUUUCUUCUGCGUCUCUUCUUGCGGUGAUUAAGCUGCUGCUGCAAUGCAUUAUCUACUGCGUUUGGAGGGAGAGGAACUCUCGAAUCUUCCGGCGAGAGUCGUCGUCUGAAGCUGCUGUUGCUGCUCGUGUAGAUCGCCUGGUACGUGACCGCCUCAUCUCCAUCCCGCCGCCUUCUGAUGCAGCUCCUUCUCCCCUCCUGGUGUACUUCCGCAUUCCACCGCCUGACCCCUAG